CCCACACACACAACAGCGAUGGCGGACGAUGUUCGCGUGGUCCGGGUGACGGCGAGAGAGCUUUGUCCCGGAGCCUCCACGGAGCCGGGAGAGUGCGCAGAAGCUCCACGGCAGCGGAAGGAGAACCGGCGCCCGGACAUUGCCCUGUACAAGCCACGGGGAGCCCGCGAGCAGCAGAGCCCCGCUGCGAGCACUGAGGAGCGAGCGCGCAGGGAGGACGUGACACGAUGUUCCACUGCCAGCAAGCGCAGGGGCCCCACCGAGCAGCCCUUGCGCAUGGCGACGGAUCGCGGACACAAUACCUCCGCGGGCAGCACAGAUGUCGUGAGCUCGGGCACUCAAGAGAUUGAGCAUAAAAGCUCGGCGAGGCGCGCAAGAGGUCGUGGCGGCGGUAAAGCCGCCACUGAGUGCACGGAGAGCGCGGGAGCGGACGGCAGAAGCCGCGCACCCGGAGGGCGGCCUCCAUCCCGGGAGGAGGCAGCACAACACGGCAGGAGGCCUGAGAGGCAAAUCUACCGCCCGGCUAGGAAGGGGGAUCCCCUUCCGGAGUCCAAGUGGGGUCUUGAGGCCCCCGAAAACAAGGCGACAGGAGAGCUGACUGCCACUUUGGAGCGCGUCUGCCUGAGUGGCGACCCAACCGAGGACUCGCACGGGCGACCGAAUCUCAGCAAGCAGGACCUUGAUGGUGCUCAGGAGCACAGAGCUGAGAGGAGCGCAGGCAGCGAGGGCGCCACGAAGGGGAAGAGGUCACGCAGGCGGCGGAAAGAAAAUAAGGAGAGAGAUUACGAGGGUGAGGGGCUGCUUGCGGAGAACACGCAAGGGGAUGUGUCCAGCAGGAGUGACAGUGAUGUCAAGGCAUCCAAAGAUGCGCAUAAGUGCGAUCAGCCAAAUGCGGCAAGAAAGGGGACGGUGAGGAGUGACGUAAAAAACUCAAGUGGUAAGCCAAGUAGAGGUGAACGUGCACUCAAUGACCGCUAUAGGAGAGCUGCUGAUGACAGGACAUUUUCUGGCAUAGGUAAAUCACGCUCAGAAAAAGACACAAAUAAGAGAAAUGCUCGGCACGAAUGCGGUUUUGUGAGUUCGGACCCCGAGGAGCAGAGUCGGUCUAAAGCGACGUCACGCACGAGGAUUCAACAGCCCGUGGCGCCGAGCGCAAAGGCCGAGGCCGAGAGGGCGGCAGUCGGUCCCGCACGACGCCAGCGUGGCCCCCGCCGCAUCAGAGGCUACCACCCGUCCGAGAGCGACAAUGGGAAGCGCCGGCGCGGCUUUAGCGACUGCACUUCAUCCGACUCGGCAGAGGAGUUCGGACGCAGCGAUUUGGAGGCCGAGAAGAGGGAUGAGCGCAGUUCUGCGCCGCUCGGCAGCCCCAUUGCCGCGGCCCUCGGUGGUAACUGGCGGCCGGCGUGCCGCGACAGCGAGAACCGACUGUCCCCGGGGGCCGGCGUGCGGGAUGGGCCCCGCGCUCGGGGAGGGGGAGGAAUCCUCUUCCUGCCUCGCGCCGUGGAUGCCGCUAGCGACGCCCCUCUCCCGCCGUGCUCACCGGACCGCGGGACCCACCGCGAUGCGGGGAGGGGUCAGCGUGCUUUGAGGGGCCGCGGCGGCGAUGCCCGGCGCCUCUGGGACCCACGGAACCCGGAGCGGGCCCCGGCGGGAAAAAUGAAGGCGCCCGCGCUGCUCUUCCACGACACGGACGAGGAUGACAAUGGCUCCCCCUCAGGCCGCGAGGAGCCUAGCGUUGCACGCCUUCCUCCCUACCCCACCACGUGCUCCCCACUGCACUACCGCCUGCCGGGUCGCGAGCAGCCGUGCACAUUCCCCGUGCCGUACGCGUAUUCCAUGCCCUCAUUCCCGGGCAUCUCCAACGGCUCCAUGAUGUACCCCAGUGCCAUGGCAUGCGGGAUGCUGCCCGGUGGCUUCUACGGUGGCUACACGGGCAUGGUGCCGGCCCUGCCACUGAGCGGUGGCGUGCAGACUGAAAUCAAGACGCUCCUGAGCACUGCCACGGCACUGGAGGUUCAACUGGCAGCGCUGCUCAACUGGGACCGCCUCGGACCUCAGGAUCAAGAUCUGGCCGAACACUUGCGCACUCAGCUGGUGAACGUGUACGAGCGCGCGGUGCUGACGGACAUCGAGGUGUGCGAGCGUGCCGGCGCCGAGCAGGGCCUCUGGAAGUACGGCUUCUACCAGGCCAUCGAGCGCCUGCGCCAGCAGCUACGCGACUCUGCCAGCCACGACGAUGCCGAGAGGGUCAAUGCACGCCUUCUGGGCAUCCUCGACGAAGGCCUGUUGUUCUACGCGGGCUUGCUGCGGAGCCUGCAGGAUGUGUACGUCUUCAGUCUGCAGGAACUUGGCGAGAGCCCGCCCGCUGGUGCCGUCAGUAAAACUGUGAAAUAUGCAUUGAUCAGCGCUCAGAGGUGCAUGAUCUGCUUAGGAGACAUUGCUCGCUAUAAGGAGCAGUACAACGAUACCAACAAUUAUGGCAAGGCCAGAAGCUGGUACCUGAAGGCCCAGAAGAUCGCUCCGAAGAAUGGGAGGCCUUAUAACCAGCUGGCCAUUCUCGCCAUAUACACGCGGCGGAAGGUUGAAGCGGUGUACUACUACAUGCGCAGCCUAGCGGCCAGCAACCCCAUCCUGUCGGCCAAGGAGAGCCUCAUCAGUCUGUUCGAAGAGACGAAGAGAAAGGCCGUGGCGGCGGAGCGUGCGGAACGGCGCUGGCAGCCCGAGGGCGAGGUGGGCGUGCGGGGGGGAGCCCCCGGGCUCCGGGGUGCCGGCUCCGGCCCCACCGCCCCCGCUGCAGAUUCCACGCGCGUCGAAAUCUGGAUCCACCCGAGCCCCAGGCCGGCGCCUGGUGGCCCCCGGCGCGUGGACAAGCCAGCCAGCCCCAGCGAACACACCGCUUUGGCCAACGCCGCCGAUCUGAACAAGAAAUUUGCGCAAAGUUUCCUGUACGCUCAUGGCAAGCUGUUCACCAAGAUCGGGAUGGAGAGGUUUGCGCCGGUGGUGUGUGCGUCGCUGCGGGAGUUCAGGGCCCUGCUCCAGCACAGCCCCUGUCCCGUGGGCGGCACCCGCAUGCUGCAGCUCAUGGCCAUCAACAUGUUCGCCGUGCACAACAGCCAGCUGAGAGACGCAGAUGCGGAGGAUUGCCGCUCGGUGGUGCAGGAGCAAGCCACGGCGCUGGGUCAAGCCAUGUUCACCCUCCUGGUGGAGCGCUGCUGUCAGCUGCUGGCCACCUCCCUCAAAGCAGAGGUGCAGCAGCAGCAGGGCGGUGGCGGCGGCGCUGCGUUGUGCGUGUCGCGCCUGCACUCGGAUGUGCGGGACCUGCUGCCUGGCCUCAAGGUGUGGUCCGACUGGAUGCUGGGUCACCCCGAGGAGUGGAACCCCCCGCCCACCUCGCUGGACAUCCCCGCAGACGUGUGCGGGGACACGUGGAGCACCCUGGCGGAGCUGUGCAACGCGUUGGCUGGUGUGGCAGUGAGCGAGGUGCAGCUGCAAGCGCAGGCCGGGCCGGGCCUGGUGCCGCUGGUGCUGGAUGAGGACCAUGCUCUCGCUGGAUUCGUGCCGCUGCUGUGCGCGCCGCAGGAGCCCUGCUUCGUGCAAGAGGACGCCGACCAGGUGCUCGCGGCUGACUGCAAGCGCGUGGCGGCGCUCCAGUACUUCCUCGAGGCCCUGUGCGGCCUGGAAGAGCCUCUGCUUGCCUACAAGGGCGGCAAGUACGUGUCGGUGGCUCCAGGACGUGACGAGCCCACCCCAUCAGCAGGGCCACGUGUCCACGGGGGGGACUUCUCCAGGUACCAGGGAGAGGAUGACGUGCUGGUGGAGGAGGAGCUGCUGGCGAGCGAGGGGAGCGAUGAGGAGAGUGAUGACAUCCGGCAGUUGAAGGCGCGCAGGGAGACGCUCACGCGCAAGGUGGCAGAGCAGCGGCGCCGGCAGGAGCAGAUACAGGCGGUGCUGGAGGACCAUUCGGGCGGGGGGUGCCGCAUGGAGAUGGAGGUCGUGCCGCUCUUCCUGGUGCCCGACACCAACGGCUUCGUGGACCACCUGCCGGGGUUGGCGUGCCUGCUCGCGCUGCGCCGCUACAUCCUCGUCGUGCCGCUCAUCGUGAUUAACGAGCUGGACGGGCUGGCGAGGGGCCAGGACGCGCGGCGCGCGGUGCAGCAGGCGAGGCUGGUGCAGGAGCGGGCGCGGGCCGCCGUCGCCUUCCUGGAAGGGCGCUUCGAGGAGCGCGAGCCGUGCCUGCGGGCGCUCACCAGCCGCGGCAACGAGCUCGAGUCCAUCGCCUUCCGCAGCGAGGACACGGCCGGGCGGCAGGGGAACAACGAUGACCUCAUCCUGUCCUGCUGCCUGCACUACUGCAAGGACAAAGCCAAGGACUUCAUGCCAACCAGUAAAGGAGACCCGAUCCGCCUGCGCCGCGACGUGGUGCUGCUCACGGACGACCGCAACCUGCGCCUCAAGGCCCUGACGAGGAACGUACCGGUCAAGGACGUGCCGGCCUUCCUCGCCUGGGCCAACGUGGGCUGAGGCGAGGAGCGCACGGAGCGACCGCCCCGAGGGAUCGGAAUAGGAGCGAGCGGCGGCUUCCUCGCGACGCACGCGUGGCGCUUUUGACGGCCGCGCGCCCGUGCUCCUUCUGAGAGGAGGAGGAGGAGUGCGGGGUGAGGCGGGCGGCAAGGCGACAACGCCCGCGUGGCUACCCACUCGCCGCCAGCGGCGAGCCCCGGCUGCCGGCACUCGUCCUGAAGGUUUUCCCUCUCGAGCGCGGGUGGCGGUGACGCGCGGGCGACCGGCCCGGCAACCCUGGCACGAUCGGCGGGUUGCGGCUCGAGGUGGUCGGUGGUGAUCUCUGGAGAGAAGUGUCGUAAAAAAAAGGAAAAAAAUAAAAGAACGUACUGUUAAAAGUGUUUAAUGAAAAAAAAAACGGAAAGUUCGGGAAAAAAAUAGGAAUCGGUUGAUGCGCAGGGGGUUUAAAUGUUGAGAACAAUUAUAGAAAUGUCAAGAACAAGAAGUGGAAAUACCACGAAUGCGCGGUGGUGGUGGUGGUGGUUGGUUCUGGGUUGUGUCUUCCCGUGCCGCACGGUGACGAUUGUUCGCUGGGCAGAAGUGCUUUUUGGGGCGGCUGCAAUUGGCACGAUUUUUUAUUUUUUUUAGAAAGGCUCGUGUUGGUGGAAGGCAUUGAAAAUGGUGAUAUUUAUGCAAAAAAAGACUUGCUAUUAUUAAUACUUUGGGGAGUUUUUUUGGAAAAGCUUUUAACACUCCACUCUUGGAACCAAAGCAUCAGUGGUGAGGCUAUUGGCAAAGACAAAAUAAAAGUGUAACAUUAACCUGUCAGGUUAUUUGCUUAAAGUAUUCCAAACGAUCUUUAUAUUUGAAAUUUUCCUUUUCCUGAUUGAGUUAAAUGCCCCCUUCGCUAAGCCUGACACAAAAACCUCCCGGGCCGAACCGCUGCGAGGCAGCGUACCACGACUCGUGGAUGACCAGCGCUGCCCCGUGGACUUGGUGGUGCGUCGAGCAGCGGCGAUGAUGGCAUCAUGGUCUGAGCAUUUGAGACCGGAGACGGAGCCGCGCGCCACGCUCUCUCGGUGGGCCUUGCGCCUCCUCCCUCCCGCGCGCCGUUUGUCUUUAAUAAAGGGCAGGGGGUAUGGUGGUGGAGGGCGUUUAAUGAGCAACAGAGUCGCGGGGUUUUCGUUUCCCUCGCUCGCUCUCAGCCUGCGAGCCCGGCGGAAAUGUACGGAUUCCUCGCUCAAUUCCGCUCGUCCUGCGAGGGCGGUGGUCGUGGGUUUGGGGUGGCGCGGUUCACGAGGGGGGGGGGGGCUCGCGCGGCGCAAGCCCCCCCCCCCCUCACCCUCGUGAGCCGCGCGGGUUCGUGGGAACGCACGCACGGCGAGGCUGCUCAGCCCAGCCGCCCCCCCCCCUUCACUCGCGCCUAACUCCCCCCCCCCAACUCUCCUGACCGCUUUUUGGCCACGGCUCGUUUUUGAGCGAGCGCCCUCUUGCCGGAUUCCAACUUUACGCCGAGCGUCAGGGGAGCUGCUAACAGUUGUUAUUCACUCUGCGCCGGACUUGGCAGCGCCAAACGGUGCACACUUCCUCUCCUGCCACCCCCACCCCAGCACCGUCUCCCCGUUGUAUUUUAUUCUCCCCCCCCACCCCCCCCCCCCCCCCGUUCUCUUUCGCUCUCUCAUAGUUUGGCCCGUCCGCGUGCAAGUGGCUUGAGAUUCACAUCGCCCGACAGCCUGCCGGGCGCCCUGCCACUUUUGUUUCAAGUCCAUCCCAGUUGCUGCAAUAUCGAGCGAGCUGGCACGGAGGGGAAUUUUAUGUUUAAUGUGCGCUUCGGGGUCGAGGCAUGCUGACGUGAUUGUACAUCAAAAGGAAUCCACGUUGAGCUCGUGACGGCUGCUGUGCUUUUUUUUGGGUGGUACGAGUGUGCCCCAUGUGUUUCCGUAUUGCAGGCAACAUGUGUGCCAUGGAUUUGAGUUGGCGCGUUGUCUCGCAGGCCGUAAGCACCCGAGUUUGAUUUAUGUGCCGUGCACAUUGGUGGCAAUUGGUGUUCCAGCUCGCCGAAUUGUCAACUCGCCCUACCGUACACGGUGCAUAAAAACAUUGGCACUGGAGAGGCAAAGGUGGGUGCUGUGCCAACCUUAAUAAGUGCUCGUUAGCAACACUCCGACCAACAGUCUUUCCAGGCUUAGAAGAAUGGGUAUCUUUGUAUUUGAGCUCAGGUGUGCAUGUGCCUGUGUGUUUGUGUUUUGGAGCAUUCAUAUCUGAUGUUUUCAGUCAUGUUUGGCUUUAUACGUGUGUGUUCAUUCAUUUGAGUAAAAAUAAAAAAAAAGUUGAGUUCAGUUUUUUUGCGUAUG